AUGAGACCCAGAGACCCUGGGAAAGAUGCAAAUGAACUACACAAAUAUCUGAAGGAAUUGAAAAGAGCCUUGGUUGAGGAGGACCAGGAAAGACUCACCAAAGAGGAACUGGACAGGAGGAGGUUUCUGAUUAAGUUUCCUCGGGUGAAACGGCAGCUGGAGGAGUUCAUAGGCAAGUUCCACGAGCGCGCAGACAAGGUUGACAAGGUGCAUAAGGGAUGUACCAUCUCCAACCUGAUGGCCCACAGCACCGGUGCUGUGUCUAGUAUUCUGACCAUUGUUGGCCUGGCUCUGGCACCCCUGACAGCGGGGGCCAGUGUGGUGCUCUUGGCCACUGGGAUAGGGCUGGGAGCAGCAGGGGCUGUGUCCACCAGUAUCAUCGAACAUGUGAAGAAGUCAUCAGCAGAAACCGAAGCCAGUCACAUGAUGUCAAGUGUCGUCAAGAAAUGGAAGGUUCUCCUAGAGGUACUCAAGAGCAACCCCAACAUUGUUGACAGAACAGGGAAAGUCACAGAAGCUGUGCAAUACAUUGAAAUGAACAUCCAUGCCAUGGAGACAGGCAAUGUCAACCCUGACUCUGCACCCAAUGCAAACAUCUACGUGAGCCCUGGGUGGAUCUCAGUCCCAGCCAUCCAGCACAUAGAGGGAGGUUUCAACGCCACAGCUUUAACAAUAACCAAAGGAGCCCCGAUCGCGGGUUUGGCCACUGCAGGUGUCUUCCUUCUGGUGGAUGUGGACUUGCUGGUGAAGGAGUCAAAGCACUUGCACGAUGGUGCCAAGACAGUAGCAGCUGAUAGCCUGAGGCAGCGGGCAUGGGAGUUGCAGAGGAAGUUGGAGGAGCUCACCCAGAUCUAUGAGAAUCUGCAGGAGGACAUGAUUUAG